CUCCCGCAAACGCAAACUCCAUGGCAUCCGCAGCUGCAUCCGAAAACAUCGCGUCCGCCGCCAAUCUAACGACGCCCGUCGCCGUCUUCGUCGGCGGGACAUCUGGCAUCGGGCAGGGUAUGGCAGAGGCCUUCAACCGGCACACGAAAGGCGACGCGCACAUCGUGCUUGUAGGCCGCAACCGCGCUGCCGCAGAAACCAUCAUAUCGAACAUGAAGUCCGUCGCCGGCGAAUCGAGCACCGGCUCGUAUGAAUUCGUGCCCUGUGACGUAUCCCUCAUCUCCAACGUCAAGCGCUCAGCCGCAGACAUCGUCGCCAAACACCCCAAGGUCGACUUCCUCCUCAUCACUGCGGGCGUCCUGGCCGCCGCCCGCACCCUGACGGCGGAAGGCCUCGACAAGGCAUCGGCGGUGCACUACUACGGGCGGUGGGCGUUCAUCCACGAGCUCCUCCCCGCGCUGCGCGCUGCGCGACGUGCGGAUGCGGACGCGAAGGUCAUCUCUGUCUUCUCCGCUGGGAGAGGCUACAGCGCGCACGACCCGGCGACCUAUAACGAUCUGAUGUGCGAGGAAUACGCGCUGCGCAACCCCGGCAUCGUCUUCGCGCACGCCUUCCCCGGCGGCGUGCGCACCAACCUCCUAAAGACGUCCGACUCCGCGCUCGUGCGCGCACUCGACACCAUACUUCCCCUCCUCCGGCCGUUCACCGUCUCGCAGGACGAGUGCGGGGAGUAUCUGUGGCGCGGCCUGUACCGCAGCGUCGCCGCGGCGGGGUCGGGCAGCGUCCCCGGCGCGUACCGGAUUGGCAGCAGGGGCGAGGACCUGGGCAUGGCGCGGUAUCUCGGGACACCAGAACAGCGCAAGGCGCUGUGGGCGCAGAGUGCCAGCCUGACCCAUACCGUUGACCCGUAGCGUGGGCGCGGGCCCCCGCCCCUUGCACCAUUUUGUAUCUGGCUUGUGUGCGUGUCUGAGGAUGUCGUUUGACGGUUCAUGCUGGUUCGAUCAGACGGCCACGGCAGGAGUGACCUUGGACUUUUGUACGGUCAUGCACGGAUGGUCUCUAUAAGCAUGCCUGAUCUGCUA